AAAGGAGUAUUCUACUUUUGUAUUAUAAGUCGCAUCUGUAGCUUGAAAGAUUACAUAUGCAGCUGAUAAUAAUAUGUAUUGCUGCAAAUUAUUUAAUAGACAUUCGUUCCCAAUAUCUUGCAUGAUACCAAAUACAUUUCAAUUAUUCAUUUGUUUGCCAUCUUUAUAAUUGCUUAGUGUUUUCCUUUAUAAUUCUCUUAAAGUGUUCUCUAAUAAAAAAAAAUCAGAAAUGCAUAUAACGAUAUGGUUCAUUCUUAUUACACUGCACAAUGGCAUCAAUGGCUUUGGGUACAGUAAGAGAGAACAACAUUUGUGGCCACGAAAGUAUGAAUCAUGCGCAGGAAAACUACAAUCACCAGUGGCUAUAUCCACAUCAAAAGCAAUCGUUUUGCCAUUUCCGGCACUCGAAAUGAUUGGUUACCACAAUUUUCUUCCAAUGCCACAAAUAUUAACGAAUAAUGGACAAACAGUUAAGCUUAGUAUAGACAAAAACGCGAUAUACAAGAGAUUGCCAUAUAUAUUUGGAGCCAUAUUAAAACAAGAACAACAAUAUGAAAUAGAACAUUUACAUUUCCAUUGGGGCAUAAAAAAUAAUAAGGGUGCCGAACACGUAUUGAAUGGUAUAAGAUAUCCAAUGGAAAUACAUAUUGUGCAUCGCAAUAUGGCAUAUUCCAAUAUUUCACAUGCACUGCAGCAUGAAGAUGGCAUAGUUGUAGUGGCUGCAUUCUUUCAGGUAUAGUUAUGUAGUGGCUGC